AGGCAGUGGGAUCCGGGAGAUCGUGACCGUUGGCAGCCUCGUGAGUCUGCAGUCCCCGCAAACCCAGAGCCCUGGGCUGAGAACCAGACAUAGUGGCUUUCGUGACAGCUCUGCUCAGCCUGGCUCUGUCAUCAAACAAGAGGGCACAGGCACAGAGAUGCCCAUGACUGGGGACCGAGUCUUCAUUCACUACACUGGCUGGUUGGUAGAUGGCACCAAGUUUGACUCCAGUCUGGACUGCAAAGAUAAAUUCUCCUUUGAUCUGGGAAAAGGGGAGGUCAUCAAGGCUUGGGACAUUGCUGUAGCAACCAUGAAGGUGGGAGAGGUAUGCCGCAUCACCUGCAAGCCAGAAUAUGCCUACGGUUUGGCAGGCAGCCCUCCAAAAAUCCCUUCCAAUGCCACGCUGGUGUUUGAGGUAGAGUUGUUCAAGUUCAAGGGAGAGGACCUAACAAAGGAAGAAGAUGGGGGAAUCAUCCAGAGAAUAUGGACUCGGGGAGAAGGCUAUGCCAGGCCCAACGAGGGUGCCGUGGUGGAGGUCGCACUGGAAGGGCACUACAAGGACAAAGUUUUUGACCAACGGGAGCUCCACUUUGAGAUUGGUGAGGGAGAGAGUCUGGAUCUGCCUAGUGGGCUGGAGAAAGCCAUUCAGCACAUGGAAAAAGGAGAACAUUCCAUUGUGUACCUCAAGCCCAGCUAUGCUUUUGGCAGUGUUGGGAAGGAAAAGUUCCAAAUCCCACCAAACGUUGACCUGAAAUAUGAAAUCCACCUCCAGAGUUUUGAGAGGCUGAGUUGGCCCAAGGCCAAGGAGUCUUGGGAGAUGAAUUCAGAGGAGAAGCUGGAACAGAGCACCAGAGUGAAGGAGCGGGGCACUGUGUACUUCAAGGAAGGCAAGUACAAGCAAGCUGUACUGCAAUACAAGAAGAUUGUGUCCUGGCUGGAAUACGAGUCAAGUUUCUUUGAUGAGGACGCACAGAAGACAAUGGCCCUGCGGCUAGCUUCCCAUCUCAACCUGGCCAUGUGUCAUCUGAAACUGCAGGCCUUCUCAGCUGCCAUCGAAAGCUGUAACAAGGCCCUGGAGCUGGACAGCAACAAGGAGAAGAGCCUUUUCCGCCGGGGAGAGGCCCACCUGGCAGUGAAUGACUUUGACUUGGCACGGGCUGACUUCCAGAAGGUCCUGCAGCUCUACCCCAGCAACAAAGCCACCAAGGCCCAGCUGGCUGUCUGCCAUCAGAGGAUCCGUGAGCAGCUCACACGGGAAAAUAGGUUCUGA